GUGCAGUCCCAGACCAGGCAGACACAGGGAGAGAAGGGAGAAAGGGAGGGAGUUACGUGUGCUGCUACUGUGAAAUGGGGUCUGAAUUUAUUUUAUGGAAACACCGUUUGCUCUUUUCGUUGAUCCUUUUGAGUGUUGCAUGUUCUAAGGUCCACUAUGGACUCGCAGCUCCUGUUGAAAAUCAAGGCACUUUGUCCAAGAUGUUCCCCAGAGGCAGUCAUUGGGCGGUGGGUCAUUUGAUGGGGAAGAAAAGCAUUGACGACGGCCUUUUUGGCUAUGCCAGCAGUGACAACAUGGCUCUCUCAGAAUACGCCAAGCAAACAGAAGGUAAUUUGCAAUGGGCUGAGCUGGCCAAGGAUUUCUUACGUUUGUGGGAAGGAGUCACAUCCAGAAAGAUUCAGCCAACAAAGGAAUACUUUCCAAGAUUUACCAAGAAGCCAUGGCAGACAACUGACAAUGACGUCCAAGAGAUGGUGGAUUAUCUUCUGCAAUUGACUAGGCUGAAGGAUGAAACCCCAAGUUGAAUACAUUAUAUCAAUCCU